AUGAGUGAAGAUCAGCAAUCUCAUGACAUCGCGGAUGGGGAGGACGCUGAAGACGUGGAGCGUAGUUGGAUUCAUCAAGUGGAACAUGAAGAAACCAUUGCUCCCGAGGCAGUACAUGAGGAAGAAAUCGAAGAGUUCAUUGAAGUUGAUGGUGUUGUCGAUGAUCAUGACAUUGGGCAAAACGUUCUUUUGCAUCCCAACAAAGUCGGCUCCCAUGGCAUACAUAUUCCAGGGCGACAAAUUUAUUAUGCUGAUAGCUCUGCGUCAACUGGUGAAGAGCUUUGCAUGAAUUUGCCGGAUCUUUUGAGCCGAACAAUUGUAUUCACGAAUGGCUCGAAAAUGUUCCUGUGUUUUUCGAAAAGAUGUCGAAAACAACUCGCUUUUGAGGGACAUCUUUACAACAUAAAUGGAUUUGUUAAACCGGCAAACUGGAACCUCUGGCGCUGUGCAAAUCCGUCGUGUAGAGGAGCCAUUCGUACGUCUCCUAAUAUAACAGAAUUACGCGUUCGUGAACCACACUGUAGCUCUUGUCGUCCGGAUGAUAUACAGAUCAGGUUACGAAUAACGGUGUACGACCUCAGAUUAAUGGCAGAAUUCACCGAUCUACCUCUCGACGCCUUAUACCAUGCAUACCUUGACAAAGUGAUGAACGAACAUACGGAUAUUGUGCAUCUUUUUCCAUCCUUUGAAACUCUUCGUUGUAAUCUGGAAGAUCAUCGAGCUAAUCUUUGUUUUUAUAUUCGAUUCAUCGUGAUCUUGAUUUUGAAAAUGAAUUAUGCGUUGCAGAUUUAUCGGAAAAGAUUUGCGGGCGAAGCACGCGAGACCGAUUCUCAAGCCAUGUACUAUGAUUCUUACGGGGUUGGUGCUGGAAAUGGUACAGCGAAGUUCCGACGCACAAAGCCGUUUCCUCCAGCAUGGGUUCUCGGACUACAAUUAUCACCAAGCAAGUACCGCAUGAAGAAAUUGUGUCUGCAUGACGAACACAUGUACUAUUUAUGUCAAAACGAUGUUCGUCAUUUCAAAAAUAAUCGAGCUGGCGUUCCGGAGAUGCACUGCACUGCUUUCAUUCGAGUUCUUGAUUGGCGGCUCAUCAUUCAAGGCGAGCUUAACGAAGUUGUGGUAGACUAUUGUCUGGAUCACUUCUAUCACGGUGGUAUGUUACUUGUUCAUUCCUUUCCUUGCUAUUAUUCCUUCUUUCCGUUCCUAAUUUGGUAUUCUAUGACUCCCAUAGAGCAUUUGCCAACGUCUAAACCUGUUGAUUACUUUACUCCAGAGGUAUUUAUGCGCGACCUGGCAAUAAGACGUGAACGUACACAACAACUUAUUCAAGACAAAGGCUUACAGAGAAUCAAACGGAGAAAUCAACCGCCUUCAAUUUCUAUAAAUCCAUCGUUGAAAAUGAGGAAAAUCGAUAACACUCCGCGUGGUCGCUCACCCCAGGAAAACUAUUAUGAUAGCCGCAACGAGUGCGAUCCGGGAGACAGUGAUGAAUGGGUAGGGAACCCUGAGAGCGUCUUCGGCUCUUCGCGUGCUCAACAGCGUCAAAAGGUUGUCCAGCAGUUGACACACGAGGAGCCUACAGGGAAAUUUCAUAGUCGCGACAAGGAAUCAUACGUACCAUCUUAUAUCACGAGACGAGAGAAUUUCUUCGACGCAGAAACGUACAAUACUGUAUUACAGUUUGAAAUGACUUGUGACAUGCUAAAGGAACGCAUGCAGUAUGUUCGCGCUAUUCAAGCAGCUAACCAUUAUCUUGGAAGGCUAACGCAUAUCCUUGAUGAUGUGAUGGCUGAUCCUGAAUGUGCUCCAUCAUCAUCUACGGCAGAUGGAGUUUCAGUUUCGAACCCUGCCGCUCUUCAUGAUGGUCCUCCGAUUGGUGAUAUACUACGAGACGCGUUGUACAAAAGUAAAGUUCCACGAUAUGAUCAGAAUUUAUUACGAGGAGUACGACGGAGAAGUGAGUCGCUAUAUUUUCAUUCAAAAAAAGAUGGUCAAAUGAAUCUAAUGCUUCUAUCAUUUUCGCAUUUCCAGGCAGCCGUUCCAAACGAGAAAACGUUCAGUUUAGCUCGUGAAACCAAAAAUGAACUAGAAGAAAGUCUUCCGCUUCGACAAAAGGUUUUGGUGCGAAGGGGUGACAAUGGACAGAUUGUUGUCGUGAGGCGUACCAUACUUGGAAAGGUGCGAAAGGUGGUUCCAAGUGAUGAAGUGACUACGAGGGAAGUGGACGAGCAUCUUCACCCAUUACAACAACGACAGGAACCGGACAGUAGGCAAAGAGAAGAGGAUAGAGGUUGUACAUCAAGCGAAGGGACAUCAAGAGUUGUCCAAUCAAACAGGAAACAGGAAGAUGGUCCUCCGAUUGGUGAUAUACUACGAGACGCGUUGUACAAAAGUAAAGUUCCACGAUAUGAUCAGAAUUUAUUACGAGGAGUACGACGGAUGGCUUAUCAGACUCUCAGUGUACAAAGUAAUCCUUCCGCCGAAGAAGAAGCGAGGAGAUUCGUACAGAAGUACUCUUCUAAAGGAGAAGAGUCCAAUGUGACUCGGCGUCCUCGAGGUCGUCCACGGAAGUACCCGUGCGUGACGGGAAACCUUUUCGGUGCUUGUAAAUAUAAUAAAUAA